GAGAGUUCCCUCUUCACUCUGUUCGUGACCACGUCAAGGGAACCCAGAAGUUAGAAAUCAUGGCGGAGCGCAGGCGACACAAGAAGCGAAUUCAGGAGGUCAGUGAACCUACAAAGGAGGAGAAGGCAGUGGCCAAAUACCUGCGCUUUAACUGCCCCACCAAAUCCACCAACAUGAUGGGACAUCGAGUAGAUUACUUUGUCGCCUCUAAAGCAGUCGACUGUCUGCUGGAUUCAAAGUGGGCCAAAGCAAAAAAGGGCGAAGAAGCUUUGUUCACAACCAGAGAGUCGGUGGUGGACUAUUGCAACAGGCUCUUAAAAAAACAGUUUUUCCACCGAGCCCUGAAAGUGAUGAAGAAGAAGCCAGAGAAAGACGUCAAGAAAGAAAAGGACAAAGAGAAAGAAAAAGAAAAAGAGAAGGCUAAAAGUGACAGCAGCAAGGAAGAGGAGAAGAAGAGCAAAAAAGACAAGGACAAAAAGAAGGAUUCUGAGGCUGCGGACACAAAGAAGGAGAAAAAUGAUGACAGUCCUGGAUCUCCAAAAAAGAAGAAGGAUGUGAAGAAGAAGUUCAAACUGGAGCCUCAUGAUGACCAGCUGUUCUUGGAUGGCAAUGAGGUUUAUUUUUGGAUUUAUGAUCCAGUCCACUUUAAAACCUUUGCCAUGGGGUUGAUUCUAGUGAUUGCCGUCAUCGCAGCCACUCUCUUCCCACUCUGGCCCGCUGAGAUGAGAGUUGGAGUGUACUACCUUAGCGUGGCAGCAGGAUGUUUUGUCGCCAGCAUCCUUCUCCUGGCCGUUGCUCGAUGCAUCCUGUUCCUGAUCAUCUGGCUGGUGACCGGUGGCCGGCAUCACUUCUGGUUCCUACCAAACCUAACAGCCGACGUGGGCUUCAUCGACUCCUUCCGGCCCCUCUACACGCACGAAUACAAGGGUCCGCGCUCCGGCUCCAAGAAGUCCAGCGACAAACCCGACAGCAAGAGCGCAGACUCCAGCAAAGCACAGAAAUCCGACAGCGAGGACAAAUCAGACAGCGAGAAGAAAGAGGACGAAGAGGAUGAAGACGACAAUAAAGACAUGGAGGAAGGGGAGCAUCAGACAGACACAGACAGCGACCGGCGGGAGGACGAAGGAUCGCAGCACAGCAACGGCAACGACUUCGAGAUGAUCACCAGAGAAGAGCUGGAGCAGCACACGGAGGAGGAGGAGGAAGAGCAAAGCCAGACAAAGCCCUUGACUGUUCAGACAUAAAGCUUUUCCUCACGCCGCACACACAUUCUCUCAUUCUCCAUGUGGACCUGCUGACGUACUUCUGCCAUGUUCAGAA